GUUUGAGAUAUCAUUUUUACCGUCCUAGCUAGGGCCUUUUCACUACUAGUGUUACUCACAGUAAAUUUUGCUCUGUAAAACAAACUCGCUAACACCGUCAAAACUCUUGUAAGCAAGCACAGCCGCAUGCGGCAGGUUUGGAAGUCAGGCCGGCAUCGUGGCUGAGUUCCAAAUAUGCCUGCUGUUCGCCAACGCCUUCGUCGUUCUGCACGACUUGGAGGCAACCCUCCAGUGCGCUGUAGCCUGAGAGCGAUGGACUCCGCCGAGCCAUCCACUACCGCCAUCUAUCUUACAGUGGCCCCUCCACGCAUUCCAAAUGUGCCGCCAGGGCUCAGCCCCCCCCCUCAUAUCACUCCACUAAGCCGCCGUCAACUUACAGAUUCGCAAAUCAUUCCUCCCCUGCUAGCGCCCACAGAUCCCAUUACUUUUGCUGCUCUCGUUCCUUCUGCCCCUCCCACAGAACCCAUUACUUUUGCUGCUCUCGUUACUUCUGUCCACCCCGCUCUCGUUACUUCUGCUCCCCCCCCGCUCUCGUUACUUCUGCUCCCCCCCCGCUCUCGUUACUUCUGCUCCCCCCCCCGCUCUCGUUCCUUCUGCCCCUCCCGCUGUAGCUUUUUCUGCCCCUCCGGCUGCUCUCAUUCCAUCUACCCCUCCCGCUGCUCUCGUUUUGGUUUUUGUGCUGUUCAUGCUCCCGCGCUCUGUUUUGAUCUCGCGGUGCAUUUAUUUCACGCUCAUUAA